GUGGUGGCUGGGGCGGAGGCGGCGGCCGGAGUUGUGGGUACGCCGUACUACGUUGCUCCCGAGGUUUUGUCCGGGUGGGAGUACGGUGAGAAGGUGGAUGUUUGGAGCUGUGGAGUGGUUUUGUACAUAAUGCUCGCUGGGUUUCCUCCGUUUUAUGGGGAGACGGCGGUGGAGAUUUUUGACGCCGUGUUGAGGGCGAAUCUUAGGUUUCCGACUAGGGUUUUCGGGUCGGUUUCACCUGCGGCGAAGGAUCUUUUGAGGAGGAUGCUGUGUAAGGAUGUCUACAGGAGGUUCUCUGCCGAGCAAGUGCUCAGGCAUCCAUGGAUGACAGGUGGUGGAGGAACCUGAAUCAGAAUCAAUGGGAACUUUCUGGACAAGAAGAGUAAAUAGAGUGACUGCGGCUUGCAAGAGAUUGUGUGUAUUGUACAGGGUAUCAGGCGCUGCUUGGUUUACUGGCCGGCCGCCUUGUUAGUAGUUUUUUUGUGUAGAUACGUGGAUAUGGAAUGGGUGGUUUACUGGUUAUCUCUGCUUCUGCUCUAAGUUUGGUAAAGAGAAGAAGCAAUUUUUCCUUGUUUUAUUUUCGUUUGGGUCUGUCUCCCUGUGUGUUUUUGUCCCGUAAGGGGAUUUUGAGCCAGGCAGCCAUUACUAUUCCUUCUGCUAGUAUAGUAGUAGCAGGAGAUGUAAUGAAGAGGAAGCGAAGCAGCUCAUCUGGCUUUAAUGGCGGCUUCGUUUCAGGGGGGUUUGGCUAAUUAUGAG